AAGUUAUUUGAGGGAUGACAAAUCAUGAAUCCAGCUGUAUCUGGGAGUCUCAUAAAGUUCCCCAUUAAAGGGUUUGUCUAGCCCAGAAUUGUCUGCUCCAAUCUGUAGUGGUUCUCCAAGGUCUCUUGGAGAGGUGCUUUCCCAUCACCUGAUUGAAAUGUGAAUGAAUAAUCUAAUCAAUUGCGACCAAAGGUCAAGGGAUGGUGGGAAUUGUAGUCCAGGAGUGCUACAUCCCUGCUUUACGGAAUCUCCCACCCAGAGGCAGCAGAUCUCCAGUAAAUAGCUGGGUAUGUUUAGCCUGGAGAAGAGAAGGUUAAGGGGUGAUAUUAUAGCCAUGUUCAAAUAUAUAAAAGGAUGUCAUAUAGAGGAGGGUGAAAGGUUGUAUUCUGCUGCUCCAGAGAAGCGGACACGGAGCAAUGGAUUCAAACUACAAGAAAGAAGAUUCCACCUAAACAUUAGGAAGAACUUCCUGACAGUAAGAGCUGUUCGGCAGUGGAAUUUGCUGCCAAGAAGUGUGGUGGAGUCUCCUUCUUUGGAGGUCUUUAAGCAGAGGCUUGACAGCCAUAUGUCAAGAAUGCUUUGAUGGUGUUUCCUGCUUGGCAGGGGGUUGGACUGGAUGGCCCUUGUGGUCUCUUCCAACUCUUAUGAUUCUAUGAUUCUAUGAAAUAGCCAUGGUUGAUGGUGCCUCAGCUCAAAAACUGAGUCUGGUAAGAAGAAAAGAUCUAGAACGCUUCUGAACAACGCAGGGAAAAAACCCAAAGUGCAGCUUUGAUUCAAUGCAAGAAUAUAUUAUUGUUAUUGUCAGUGUCAUUAUUAUUAAAAAAUUGUAUACUGUCCUUCAUCUGUAGAUCUCGGGGAGAUUCGUGACAUCAAAAACAACAUAAAAAAAUACAAAAUACAUAAUAAGAACGAAAACAUACCAAUAAUCCCCCCCCAAAAAAACACAUUUCAAAGGGCAUCGGAUGUCAAUCAGCCAAAGGCCCAGUUGAAGAGGAACCUUUUCACCUGGCACCGAAAGGUGUAUAAAAUAACACAAUAACAAAUUGACUUGCCCAAUUUUGUUGUCAUUUGUUGGACGGGUAAGGUUCUUGACCAAGACUUUGACCUGAAUGAUAAAGUUAAAAUGAAGCUACCUUACACAAAGCCAGGCCAUUGGCUCCAUCUAGUUCAGUACUGUCUAUACCUGGAUCGGAAGAGAGUCUCUGCCCCAGAGGCCAAAUGCAAGCUUUUCUUUGGCCUCCUCUUUGGACAACUGCUUUGAGCGGGGUUGGAAGAGGGCAGGCCAUCAAAUGAACGUGUUGAUCUCUCUCACUCCAGAAAAAAGCUUCUUUGGAACAUGAUUUGCUCUCGUUUCUAGACACCGGAGGCUCGGCGAUCCCCAAUUAAAAUCUGGAGAGAGGCGGAGAGACCUUGGGAGGCUGCCCUGCAGUAGCGAAGUUGCCGCAAUGUCUGCUGAUCAGGGAAUGCUGCCAGAUUUGGGUGCCACGUUCGCAGCCAAGCUGGAUCGGGCUGUGCCAUCGGUGACAGAGGAGGAAAUGGAAGAGAGGGAGGAGGAGGAGGAAGAAGAAGAGGCGGGAGCAGCAGACCCCAUGGUGUGGGCAGAAGGACAUGAUGGUCCCGGUGUCACCCAGGCCAGCAACGUCGGGGAUUAUUUGCCAAGUUUGCCAGGCCAGCGUGUUAAACACAAACCAGGGCUGUUUGUGGAUGUGGAGUCACAGUGGCGGGAGCUGCCAAGGGCAGCAGACUCCCAGAGCUCUGAUGAGAGGAGCCCGCAGGCAUUGGACUCUCCACACCCGAAGAAUACCCAGACUUCUCCACCCUCCGUCAAACUGGAGACAGAAGCCACAGAAGAGUGGGAGACCCAAACCCGGCCUGGCCUUGGCUGCCAAGAGGACUCCCCGAGUGUGGAUCCCUCUGGGCCCCUGCAGGAAGUAGGGGACCCAGACGAGGACGCGGUCAUUUCGGAGAUCCAGCGCCAGCGCUUCCGGCAGUUUUGCUACCGGGAGGCGGAGGGGCCCCAAGAGGCCUGCAGCCGCCUCUGGUUCCUCUGCUGCCGGUGGCUGAAGCCGGAGAGGCACACCAAGGAGCAGAUCCUGGAGCUGGUGGUCUUGGAGCAGUUCCUGGCUGUCCUGCCCCCGGAGGUGCAGAGCUGGGUCAUGGAGGGCUGCCCAAAGAGCUGUGCCCAGGCGGUGGCCCUGGCGGAGGGGUUUCGGCAGAGGAAGAGGAAGCCCGAACAGCUGGAGGAGCAGGUGCCGGCAAAAGAGAGAGGCCUGGAUUUUGCUGCGGCAGAAGAGGCUCUGCUGGACUGCGACCCGAACCGGGCGUUUGGGGAGGGUGACACUGUCGCUGCCAGCUCGCUGGCAGGUGAGGAGCCGACGACCCCCAACGAAGAGCGGGAUCAGCCAGAGCAUUCUGAUGACGAAGACGAAACAAGCGGGGUUGUGAUGGGCAGCCUGGAAGAGGAGGGGCCCCCCCAGCGCGUUAAGCCCGAAGAGGCCUCUGGAAGUUGGCCGGGGCCCAAGGAACAUCGAGGAAGUUCCCCAGGGGGGAAGCCCGUUCCUCCUCAGGGGAGGGAUGAGGCGCUUGGUGAAACCGUGAGCCAGCCGAGGAUCCCCACGGUGAAGAACGAGGACGCCGGUGUUGAGGAUGCUGGCGGCUUCCCGGACAGCUCGAGCAUCAUCGAGUUCAAGGUGACGCACACGGGCGACUUACCUUACAAAUGCCUGGACUGCGGGAAGAGCUUCAAUUACAGCACCAGCCUCGUCCGGCACCAGAGGAUCCACACAGGGGAGAAGCCGUACAAAUGCUUGGACUGCGGCAAGUGUUUCUGCCAGAGCUCGGGCCUCACGAUCCACCAGAGGAUCCACGCUGGGGAGAAGGCCUACCAGUGCCUGGACUGCGGGAAGAGCUUCCGGGUCAAGUCUCACCUCGUCCGGCACUCCAUCAUCCACAAGGGAGAGAAGCCGUACAAGUGCUUGGAGUGCGGCGUCGGCUUCUGCGAGAGGUCGGAGCUACGGAUCCACCAGAGGAUCCACACGGGGGAGAAGCCAUACAACUGCGCCGACUGCGGGAAGAACUUCUGCCGGAAGGCGGACCUCACCCUUCAUCAGAGAAUCCACACGGGGGAGAUGCCGUACACUUGCCUGGAGUGCGGGAAAGGCUUCCGCUGGAGCUCGAACCUCAUCACGCACCAGAAGACGCACUCCGGGGUGAAGCCUUUCGAGUGCGCAGAGUGCGGGAAGAGCUACUAUUCCAACAUGAGCCUUAUCCGGCAUCAGAGAGUCCACACGGGGGGAACCCCGUACAUAUGCUCGGACUGCGGGAAAAGCUUCUGCGACAGCACCAGCCUCACCAGGCACCAGAAGAUCCACACGGGGGAGAAGCCCUACGUCUGCCUGGAUUGCGGGAAGAGCUUCAACCGGAACUCCAACCUUAUCUCUCAUCAGAGAACCCACACGGGGGCCAAGCCGUUUCUGUGCGCAGACUGCGGGAAAAACUUCAGGUCCAAGUCGGAACUGCACAGGCAUUACACGGUCCACGCGGGAGAGAAGGGCGAGAAAAGCACAUCCGUCGGGGAUCCCGAGGUUCUUCCUUGCGAGAAAACCGACAGCGAACAGGAAGUUAGAAACGAAUAGGGGAGCAGCGGGGAAGAGGAGGAGGUCUCUUUCUUCUAAGAAUGUUCUAAGCCGUGCAAUAUAUCAUCCUGCUCGUUGGUGUACUUUGACACUCUGCCUUGCCUUUUUCUGCUCUUCCUUUGCAAUCCCAAGAAUUUAGGUUUCUAUCCCUUCUCGAUUUGGACAGUCAUCAUUACAUCUCAUGCCAACUUCUUAAUUUUUCUCCUCCCCUUGGGGUUCAUAAGAAACUCCCCCCCCCAAAAAAACCCACCCCUUCCCCUGUUCCUUCCCCCUGCCCCGGGGUAGAGGGGUUCCUGGGAAACGUUUUUUAAAAACUGCUUGUUUCGCUCUUCUGCCUGCUCAAGCUGGGAUCCACAGGAAACUUUAAAUGUGACCACUUCUCCUUUUUUAUUUUUUGAAAAUCAUGUUAUUAUAUGCUGAUUAUAUCAUGAAUUGCUAAUUGCAUGAUUUGAAAUAAUAAUAUUCCCUUUUUUGUU